AAUAAUAGGGCGAAAACAAAGUCACUGUCAUUCCACUCACUCCCACUUUCUCAACCAUCCACCACCCACAUGGACCUUGCUCUCGCCUCAACUUUCCGGCCACUUCCGUCGCCGGAAUAUACCCUUUUCAUCCGCGAUCUUCACACACCAUUUUCCCUCCGGCAACAGCUGAAUCAUAGACCGCCAUUAUCGAGGCGAACAGUUAUCUCCAUGGCUCAGAAAAAGCCCAAAAUCGACGGCCUGAGUGAUGAGCUGAACUCUAUCGCCGCCCAGAAUUUAGACCACGCCCCUGCUCGGCGAAGGGUCCGAUUAGCUUUCUCUGAUCUCCAACAGCAGCUCGAUCAUAUUUUAUUUAAGAUGGCUCCAGCUGGGAUCAGAACAGAGGAGUGGUACGAAAUAAAUUCAAACGGACAAGAAAUUUUCUGCAAGAGCUGGUUACCGAAACCCGGUGUACGAAUCAAAGGCUCGUUAUUUUUUUGCCAUGGAUACGGCGACACGUGCACCUUCUUCUUCGAAGGCAUUGCGAAGCACAUUGCUGCAUCGGGUUAUGGUGUUUACGCAGUUGACCAUCCAGGCUUCGGUCUUUCCGAAGGUCUCCACGGCUAUGUUCCCUCUUUCGAAGGCAUUGUUGAUAAUGUCAUCGAGCAAUUCACUAUAAUGAAAGGAAGGCCAGAGAUUCGAGGGUUGCCUCGUUUCAUAUUUGGACAGUCGAUGGGUGGAGCUAUUGCUAUCAAAGCACUUUUAAAAUCGCCUAACGAAUGGGAUGGUAUAGUGCUUGUUGCUCCAAUGUGUAAAAUAGCAGAGGAAAUGACGCCGCCUGUUCCGCUCCAGAAAAUACUAAUCUUUCUAUCUAAGCUCGUUCCGCAAGCAAAGCUCGUUCCGCAGAAAGAUUUAGCUGAUUUGGCAUUCAGAGAAUUCAACAAAAAACAAAUGGCUCCGUAUAAUGUGAUAAGUUACUCGGAUCAAACCCGACUAAGAACUGCAGUGGAGCUCUUGAAUGCAACAAAGUAUAUCGAGUCACAAGUCGAUAAGGUGGCGUCUCCAAUGCUGAUUCUGCAUGGAGGUUCGGACAGAGUGACCGAUCCACAGGUGAGUCGAUUUCUAUACGAGAAUUGUUCGAGUCAGGACAAAAAAUUGAAGAUUUAUGAAGGAGGUUUUCACUGUAUUUUAGAAGGGGAACCUGAUGAAAUAAUUUUUGAUGUUCUUGCUGACAUUAUUUCAUGGCUUGAUUCUAAGACUUAUGUCAAAUAAUUUUUUGUUUUUUUUUUCAAGAUUGAUAUUUAGAAUUGAGUAAAAAGCAGUUUACCCCC